UACAAUUCUCCGUUACCUUAUCUCCAUUUCAUACAAGACACGAGCUUUCCUUUCCCCUUGAAAGAAAACCAUAGUCCUUACCUUCUCGCCAACAGAAAUGCUAUUACCUCUGGCCAUUCGACAAAAUACGGGCAAUACAGCAAAUUAUGCUUCAAAUUUCCUAAACCCAGCAAAAUCCCCCAAACAUCCAAGCUUUCCAAAUACAGUUCAUCCACCCAACACAAGAAAACUCAAACCCAUUAAUAUUUCCUGUUCGUCUUCAUCCCCAACUCAAGAAACGUCAUCAAUCUUGGAGAAUCAUGGCAGUAAUCAAGAUAAACAGAAGCUGGGAGUUGUAGUGAAGACGAUGGAGAGACCAAGACUAGUGCUGAAAUUCGUGUGGAUGGAGAAGAACAUUGGAAUAGCUAUAGACCAAGUGAUUCCAGGAGGUCGUGGUGGGACUAUUCCUUUGAGUCCUUACUAUUUUUGGCCAAGAAAAGAUGCUUGCGAGGAGCUUAAAACUAUGCUGGAGCGUAAACCUUGGAUUUCCAAGAAACAGAAGGUUGUUUUGCUCAAUCAAGCUGCUCAUAUCAUCAAUUUGUGGCAGCUGAGUAACGGGACUUGUUUGUAAGUUAAGGUUUCACAUUUUAUUUUUGCUUAUAUGUACGACACUUCACAGCUGAAAUUGUUUGCAACCUUUCAUUAAGUGGGGCGUGCUCUUAAUUUUUAAUUAUAAGCGGAUCAAGGUCAGCUCGUUAGCAUCUUUA